AUCUAAGGAUGACUUUGACGGUGUCGAAGGACCUGUCAGUGACCACUGCUCCGUCCGACGUCGACGUCAAACUAGAGCAAAUACAAAAAGCCUUGCAGGAAAACCUCAUGAAAGGGGAGCCCAAAAUAUUCGGGGUCUCUCAGAUAGUUUUAGGAUUAAUGAUCAUCUCCUAUUCAAUACCUCUCCUCCUCAUUGACAGCACGCUGAUCCUCAACUUUGGUGUGCCAUGGUGGAGUGGCAUUAUGUUUGUCAUCUCAGGUGCAAUUGCAAUAGCAGUGGAAAAGCAUCCCAGGAUACAGACACUCAAUGCUUGCUUGGCUGUCUCUGUUGUGGCCAUAAUCGUGUCAGUCAUUGCUCUUUUCCUGUACUACGCUGACAUUGCAUACAAUCCGCCAACAAUGUGUCUUGACGAUUGUAACCACAAGUUUUAUGUCACUAAUUUCAGCCAUAGUGUGAAGGUCAUGCUAACCAUUGUCCUUAUGGCCGAGACAGGAAUGGCAUCUGCUUUCACAGCUAUUCUGUAUCAACAGAGAAAGAAAUUUAUGGGUUAUGCGACUGUGGUUGAAUGACAUCCUGGUUAAUCCCAAAGAAUGACUGAAAUCAAAUAAAGGCAUACUUCAUUUAAAAUUAUCGUACUUACUAAUACACUGUAUAGUUCAUUAGUUAAAUGCAUUGCAAUAUUUUUUAAGUGUUUUCAGUGUAAUCCAUUUCAACUUAUUUUAAAGAAUGUUUUUAUUAAAGUUACAUUUUACACUCAAAA